AGCAGACGCGCCUCCGUGCGGGAGGGGAGCUCGGCGACGAUGGCGCUCAGCCGGGCGCCGGCAGCUCCCUUCGCCGCGCUGGCGGCCGGGGUCGUCCUGGCGCUGUGGUGCCGCGGCUAUCCCGCUGGCGCUCAGGGGGCUCUCCCCGAGGACGGCGCGGCGGCGCGGGGGCUCAGCAGCCUCCACCCGCCCUACUUCAACCUGGCGGAGGCAGCCAGCAUCUGGGCGACAGCCACCUGCGGCCAGGACGAGAGCGGGAGGCCGCGGCGAGAGCUCUACUGCAAGCUGGUGGGGGGCCCCGCGGCUGCGCCUGCGGGCGAGACCAUCCAGGGCCAGUUCUGUGACUACUGCAAUGCUGCUGAUCCCAAGAAAGCUCACCCAAUAACCAAUGCAAUAGAUGGGUCAGAGCGCUGGUGGCAGAGCCCUUCUCUCUCUUUAGGUUUGAAGUAUGAUGAAGUCAAUAUCACUUUAGAUCUAGGACAAUUCUUUCAUGUGGCCUAUAUCCUCAUCAAAUUUGCGAAUUCUCCUCGACCGGAUCUGUGGAUAUUAGAGAGAUCAACAGACUUUGGAAGAACAUAUACAGCAUGGCAGUAUUUUGCCCAUUCUAAAGCAGACUGUUGGGAACGUUAUGGAAAAGAAGCUAAUGCUCGUAUUAGGAAUGAUGAUGAUGUCAUUUGCUCUAUAGAAUAUUCUCGGAUUGUACCUUUAGAAAAUGGGGAGAUUGUGAUAUCCUUGAUAAAUGGCCGUCCAGGAGCAAAUAACUUCACCUUUUCUUCCACACUUAAAGAAUUUACUAAAGCAACAAAUAUUCGUUUGCAUUUCCUAAGAACCAAUACCCUUCUUGGACACUUGAUAUCUAAAGCUCAACGAGAUCCUACAGUGACACGCAGAUACUACUACAGUAUAAAAGACAUCAGUGUGGGUGGACAGUGUGUUUGCCAUGGACAUGCCGAUGCCUGUAAUGCAAAAAGUAACCCAGAUGCAUACAGGUUCCAGUGUGAAUGUCAGCACAACACUUGUGGGGAAACCUGUGACCGUUGCUGCCCUGGAUUUAACCAGAAACAGUGGCAACCUUCAACAACCAGCAACCCAAAUCUGUGUGAACCCUGCAACUGUCAUGGACAUGCCACUGACUGCUAUUAUGAUCCUGAAGUUGAACGACGCAGAGAGAGCUUAAAUGUCUUUGGAAAUUAUCAAGGCGGAGGGGUCUGCAUUAACUGUCAGCAUAAUACAGCUGGUAUAAACUGCGAGAAAUGCUUGAAGGGUUACUACCGUCCUUAUGGUGUUCCAGUGACAGAGCCACAUGGAUGCACACUCUGCAGUUGCAAUCCAGAAUAUUCUAACGGCUGUGAGGAUGGAUCUGGACGCUGCUAUUGUAAACAGAAUUAUCAAGGUGAGACCUGUGACCAGUGUGUUGAUGGACACCACAGUUUCCCCUUCUGUUACCCAAUCCCUGUAUAUCCUGUUGCUACUCCAAGCCCAGAAGAUCUUUCACUUGGUCAUAUCAUGGAAUGCAGCUGUGAUGCAGUUGGAUCUGUGGCCAAUACAUGUGGCCCUCAGGGACACUGUCUCUGCCAUAGAAACUAUGCUGGGCCAAAAUGCAGCCAGUGCGCUCCUGGUUAUCACCACUAUCCCAAUUGUUUGUCUUGUCAGUGUUCAGUGUAUGGCUCCUACCACAACUCAUGUGACCCAGCCACCGGGCAGUGUGAUUGUCGGCCUGGCAUCACAGGUUGGCACUGUGACCAAUGUCUCUCAGAGGCCAAGAGCUUUCCUCAUUGCCAAGGAUCCAGCAAUGAAUGUGACCCAGCUGGAGCUGCAGAUUCUUACUCUGGGUCUUGCCAAUGUCUGCAAAAUGUAGAAGGCCCAACUUGUAGCACCUGCAAACCUCUGUACUGGAAUCUGGCCAAAGAAAACCCUGAUGGAUGUAUAGAAUGCCAGUGCAAUGAAGUUGGGACGUUGAGCGGAGUCAGAGAGUGUCAGCAGGUAGAUGGUGAAUGUUACUGCAAACCUAAUGUUUGUGGAGGUUCCUGUGAUACUUGUGAAGAUGGUUAUUAUGGUCUGGCAGUCAAUAAUUAUUUUGGAUGCCAAGGAUGCAAAUGUGAUGUUGGAGGGUCUGUUAGUCAUGUAUGCAAUGAUCUAUCAGGUGACUGCCAGUGCAGAAAGCACGUAGUUGGAAAAACCUGCACCGAACCUAGAAAAAACUACUAUUUCUCUGAUUUGCAUCACAUGAAGUUUGAAAUUGAAGAUGGUACAUCACCUAAUGGAAGAGGAAUCCGGUUUAGUUAUGAUCCUCAAGAAUGGCCAGGCUUCAGUUGGAGAGGUUAUGCGCAGAUGUCCUCAAUACAGAAUGAAGUGAGGAUAACUUUGAAUGUGGAGAAACCAAACCUCUCUUUAUUUCAAGUUAUCUUGAGGUAUAUUAAUCCUGGAAUGGCAGUAGCAUUUGGUCAUAUAAUCGCUUAUGAAUCUCGCACUCAAAAAGGGACUCAUCAGAUCAAAGACUUUGAGUUCCCACCUAGUAAAGAACCAGCUUUUAUAACUGUACCAGGGAAGAGCAUUGCAGGUCCAUUUGCAUUACACCCCGGAACCUGGAUUUUUAAAAUCAUGGCAGAGGGAGUCCUUCUGGAUUACUUGGUGCUCUUACCAAGAGACUACUAUGAAGCUCCCCUGUUGCGAUUUCCUGUUACGGAACCUUGCACUCAUUCUGGGCAUUCUGCAAGAGAGAGUUGCUUAGAAUAUAAAAACUUGCCACUGGACAGAUUUUAUUGUGUGCUUGGUUCAGAAGUAACAUUCUUCUUACGUGGUGGAGAGUACAGAAAAGUAGUUUUCCAACAACCAACACCAAAUCAUCCAGUGAUGUCACAUUUCAGUGGUCAAGAGGUAGCUCUGCAAAUCAGACUGAACGUACCCAAAGCUGGCCGCUAUGUAGUAGUCCUUGAGUACCUUAAUGAACAUGAUCAAAUCUAUGUUGGUAAUGUGAAGAUUAAUCGCCCUGGGCAAACAAUGGAGGCAAGAAUAAAUAUAUACAGCUGUAAAUACAGCUUCCUGUGUCGCAGUGUUGUGAUUGAUUAUAUGAGUCGUGUUGCUGUUUAUCAUCUUUCAGCUGAUGCAGAGUUACAUCUGAGGUCAUCAGCAAUAGAUUUUCUUCUGUGCAAGGUUUGCCUUAUCCCAUUGGAAGAUUUCUCACUAGAAUAUCUUAAGCCUCAGGUGUAUUGCAUUGCCACAUACACCCAUUCAGCUGAUUCAAGUGCUUCAUGCAUCCCUUCGCUGUAUGAAACGCCUCCUGCAGCCACGGUUUUGGAUGCUCUGAGGGAUGGGAAGGUGGCAGAAGUGCCAACCAACGUGGUCUAUGAGGAUUCACUUACUUUUCUACCAUCUCCUCACACAGCCAGUGGAGUGACUUUGACUUCCUCACAGAACCAAAUUACACUGCGUGGGAGAGUGCCUCGUUUGGGCAGAUAUGUGUUCAUUACACAUUUUUACCAGCCAAAUAACCCAACGUUUCCUGUGCAUGUAACUGUGGAUGGAGGACAAGUCUGGUCAGGUUCUAAUAAUGCCUCAUUUUGUCCGCAUAUUUCUGGUUGUCGAAGUCUGGUGAUGGCAGAAAAUCAAAUUGAGUUUGAUAUCACUAAGCAUGACAUCUCAGUAACAGUGAAAAUUCCUAAUGGAAAAACAGUGGUGUUGGAACGUAUCCUGGUUGUUCCAGCAGACAGCUACACUUACACACUUCUUCAGAAAGACACUGUGGAUAAGUCAUACGAUUUCAUCAACCAGUGUGGUGGGAACAGUUUUCACAUUAACCCUGUAAGUUCCUCAGAAUUCUGUAGAAAUUCAGCAAGAUCACUUGUGGCAGCCUACAACAAUGGGGCUCUGCCUUGCAACUGCCACAGAAAUGGUGCCACCAGUCUUACCUGCGAUCCAGUGGGAGGGCAGUGCAGCUGCAAGCCAAACAUCAUUGGCCGCCGAUGUAGCAGGUGCCAAACAGGCUAUUAUGGAUUUCCAUCUUGCAAACCAUGCAGCUGCGGACGACGCCUUUGUGAUGACAUCACUGGGAAAUGCAUUUGCCCCCCUCAAACUGUUAAGCCCAGAUGUGAAGUGUGUGUAAGGCAGCACUUUGGCUACCAUCCCCUUGCUGGCUGUGAGAGGUGCAAUUGCUCAGGCAAAGGAAUUGUUAAUGCAGGGAAUCCUGAAUGUAAUAGAAUUAAUGGGCAAUGCAAGUGCCGCCCAGGAAUAAUAGGCCAACGAUGUGAUCAGUGUGCUCCGGACUCUUAUGGUUUUCCAAACUGCAAACCCUGCAAAUGUAAAAGAGGCGGAACUGAACCCAGUGUUUGCAAUCCUCAGACAGGAGUUUGUCACUGUAAGGAGAAUGUUGAAGGUAUUCAGUGUGACACGUGCCGCCCUGGAUCAUUUUAUCUGGACUCCACUAAUCCGAAGGGUUGCACCAAUUGCUUUUGUUUCGGAGCAACCACUAUUUGUCAUAGUACAAAUAAACAAAGAGUUACGUUUGUUGAUAUGAGGAACUGGCGCCUAGAAGCUGUGGAUAAUGCUAUGAACGUCCCUGUAACUUUCAAUCCAGUCAGCAAGAGCGUAGUUGCUGAUGUUCAAGAAUUGCCCUCCUUUGUGCACAAUUUGUACUGGAUAGCACCAUCCUCUUACUUGGGAGAAAAGCUCUCUUCGUAUGGUGGCUACUUGAGUUAUCAGGUGAAAUCUUUUGGGUUACCUAGUGAAGGCAUGACUCUACUGGAAAAAAGACCUGAUGUACAACUAAUUGGACACCAGAUGAAAAUAGUCUAUGUGGAUCCUAACAAUCCUUUGCCUGACAAACAAUAUUAUGGAUCAGUUCAGCUCGUUGAGGGAAACUUCAGACACGCAGGCAGCAAUAACUUGGUAUCUCGCGAAGAGCUGAUGAUGGUCCUGUCUAGACUAGAAGGAUUACAAAUCAGAGGCCUUUACUUCACAGAAUCUCAGCGGUUAACCUUGGGUGAGGUUGGUCUGGAAGAAGCCACCAAUACAGGAAAUGGUGAAGUUGCCUAUAAUGUAGAGACAUGCUCCUGCCCUCCAGAAUAUGUGGGUGAUUCAUGUCAGGAAUGCAGCCCUGGAUUUUAUCGUGAAAACAAUGGACUAUUCACAGGACAGUGUGUUCCUUGCAAUUGCAAUGGAAAUACAGAUAGGUGCUUGGAUGGCUUUGGAACUUGCAUCAACUGUCAGCAUAAUACUGCUGGGGAGAAGUGUGAACGUUGUAAAGAAGGUUACUUUGGAGAUGCCAGCCAGGGAAAAUGCAGGGAGUGUCCGUGUCCUUCUGCAAACAGUUUUGCUUUUGGCUGCAUGGAAAACGGUGGAGUCAUACAGUGUUUCUGCAAAGAAGGUUAUACUGGAGUGCACUGUGAAAGCUGUGCUCCUGGCUAUUUUGGAAAUCCACUGAAAAGAGGAGGAUACUGUCAGAAAUGUAAUUGCCUUGAAAAUGGUCAGCUCAUGAAUUGUGAUCGCCUGACUGGAGAAUGCAUAAGCCAAGAGCCAAAAGACAUUGAUCCCCAUGAAGACUGCGAUUCUUGUAAUAGCUGUGUAAUUACUUUGCUGAAGGAUUUGAGUACAAUGGAGGCAGAGCUCCAUGUGAUUAAGUUUCAGAUGCAGGAUAUCAGUGGCAGUGCCCACACUCUGGGACAAAUGAAGCAUCUGGAAGACCGUGUCAGACAACUGAAGAUUUUGUUGAACCGCUAUAAUUCCAAUAUUGGCACUCAAGGACAAAAAGUGGAUAAACUGGAGACGGAUUUCAUUGACCUUAAUCAUAACAUUAAUAUUCUAAAAGAAAAGGCUGAAAAUAAUUACAGGAAAGCAGAGACACUGUUCAUUAACUUUAGUAAGACUAACCAAAAGGGAAAAGACCUGGUUUCAAAAGUAGAAAUUCUUGUCACCAAUAUUAAGGUUCUCUUGGAACAGAUAGCUGGCACUUCUGCAGGAGGAACCUCUUUGCCUUUGGAAAAUGCUGCCAAAGAGUUGGCUCGAGCUCAACACAUGAUUGAUGAGAUGCGAAAACGCAAUUUUGGCCAACAACUCAUAGAAGCAGAAAGGGAGAAAGAAGAAGCCCAGCGCUUGCUAGAGCGUGUAAGGAAUGAGGUACAAAGGCACCAAGCAAAAAACCAAAGAAUUAUUAAAACAGUAAGAGAUUCAUUAAAUGACUACGAAUCUAAACUCCGUGAUCUUCGUGAAUCUUUGAGAGAAGCAAAAGAACAAACCAAGCUGGCUGAAAGUUUAAAUGGAGAGAAUGAAAUCCUCUUGGAAGAUAUCAAGAAACGGACUGAAGAGAUGACUAAACAACAGAAUAACAUCUUGGAUCUUCUGAAUUCCGCUGAAGAUUCAUUGUCUCAGGCAAACAGCGUAUUUGGCUUGCUGCAGUACAGUAAAGAGGAAUAUGAAAAAUUAAUUGCCCAGUUGGAUGGAGCAAGGAAGGAUCUCAGUGAAAAAGUGAAGAGUCAAUCUUUAUCAGCCAGUAAGGAACUUCUGGUGGUGAGAGCAGAAGAACAUGCCAGAAAGUUACAAGAUCUGGCAAGAAAUUUGGAAGAGAUCAAGAAAAAUGCCAGUAAGGAUGCACUUGUGACCUGUGCUGUGGAAGCUGCUACUGCAUAUGAAAACAUCAUCAAUGCCAUCAAAGCCGCAGAGGCAGCAGCGAAUAGUGCAAACAAUGCUGCAGAUUCCGCUCUGUCUACAAUGGAAAGACGAGAUCUAGCUGGAAGGGCCAAGAAACUGAAAACGACCAGUGGCGAUCUGCUAAAUCAAGCACAGGAGACACAAAAGACAUUACAGGAAGUCAGUCCAACUCUUGAAGUGAUAAAGAGCAGGCUUCAGGAUGCAGAGAGCAAGAAAAAUGUGUUACAAGGAGAGCUUGCAUCUUUCCAAGGGAGGCUCCAGGGGAUAAACAGAGAUGACAUAGACACCAUGAUCACAAGUGCAAAGAACAUGGUCAGAAAUGCCAAUGAUAUAACUUCUAAUGUACUUGAUGAAUUGAACCCCAUUAAAGCAGAUGUUGAAAACAUAAAGAGUUCCUAUGGAACCACACAGAGUGUGGACUUCAACAGGGCUUUGAAAGAUGCAAAUAAUACAGUCAAGAAUUUAACAAAUAUCCUUCCGGAUCUGUUUAACAAGAUUACAAGCAUCAACCAACAACUUAUGCCAAUAGCCAACAUAUCGGAGAAUAUAAACCGCAUCAGAGAGCUUAUCCAGCAAGCUAGGGAUGCUGCAAACAAGGUUGUUAUUCCCAUGAGGUUCAAUGGAAGUUCUGGGGUUGAGGUUCGACUACCUGACAUCCUUGAUGAUCUGAAAGGCUACACCUCCCUGUCUCUGUUUCUUCAGAGGCCUCUUUCACGGUUGGACAGUCCACGGCGACAGACAUCCAACAUGUUUGUCAUGUACCUGGGUAACAAAGAUAGUUCCAAGGACUACAUAGGCAUGGCUGUUCGAGAUGGCCACCUUAUUUGUGCCUAUAGCCUAGGAGGCAAUGAAGCUGAAAUAAAACUGCCUGCAUCAGUGUCUGAGAGUGAGAUCACGGAAGCCACUUUGGAUCUUGUGAGGUUUGAGAGAAUUUAUCAGUAUGCAAACAUCAGUUACAUUAGAGGUGCAACAUCAUCUUCACCAUCAAGCCCGGAAACUUUUCAGGACAGUAGUGCAAAUACUUAUACUCUCCUCAACCUGGAUCCUGAAAAUGUGGUCUUCUAUGUUGGAGGAUACCCACCAGACUUUGACCCCCCCAGUACACUACAGCUUUCUCAUUAUGAAGGAUGCAUUGAAUUAGACAGCUUAAAUGACAGGGUUAUCAGCCUGUACAAUUUCAAGAGGACUUUCAAUCUCAAUACUACUGAAGUUCAACCAUGCAGAAGAUAUAAAGAACAGUCCAACAAAAUCUAUUUUGAAGGCAUUGGUUAUGCUCUUGUUAAAAGUGCUUCAUCAGAGAAACAGGGUUUAUUGUAUGAACAAACAAUUCAGACCACUGCAGAUGAAGGCUUGGUGUUUUUUGCAGAAAACCAGGACAAGUUCAUUAGUUUGAGGAUUGAUAAGGGCUAUUUAGUAUUCUCAUACAAAGUUGAUUCUCAGCCUCCCCGAGAAGUAAAAGACAAAACAGUCAUAAACAAUGAAGACUUUCAACAAAUUAAGUUAUUAAUUACUUCAGACAAGGUUUAUUUAAGCAAGAUUGGCACUAUAUUUAUGAAGACAUUUCUCUUCAAUUCAUAUUACUUGGGUGGAAUUCCAACCUCCAUAAGAGAACGUUUUAAUAUAUCCACACCUCCAUUUCGUGGGUGCAUGACGAGUGUGAAAACUCCCUCUGGACCUCUUUCUUCCUUCUCUGAGACUCUUGGUGUUGGUAGAAAAUGCCCUGAGGAUUGGAAGCUUGUGAGAACUGCACAUUUUUCCAAGAAUGGAGUACUUGAUUUGAAUGAACCUGGCUUCCCAUUUCCCAAUGAUUUCCAAGUUGGAUUUGGCUUUCACACAUUGGCACUUGAUGGAACAUUAUUCAGUUACAACUUACGGCCUGAUAUGUUUACUAUUCUCCUGAGAAAUGGUUCUGUAGUAGUAAAGUUAGCUGAUGAAGAAGGGCAGUCUAACAAGAGAUAUGAAGAUGGUUUAAUGCAUUACAUAAAUGUGAUAAAAGAAGGAGACAAGGUUAAGUUACUGGUCGAUGAUGUGCUUCAGUCAACAGUAGUUGCGAUCCUUGGAAGAAAAACAUCGACUCCAUCAAUAGAAUUGGGUGGGAAUAACUUUGAAGGUUGUAUUUCCAAUGUCUUUAUACAAAGCUCAAGAGAGUUUCCUCAAGUUCAAAAUCUAAUUGAUAAUACUAAGAAGACUGAUGUGUCCUUAGGAUUCUGUAUGAUAAGGAAACAACCACAGCUGAUGCUGCUGACAGAAUUAACAGACCGGCAUCAUCUGAAGAUUUUGAAGAAGAAAAAACAAAUUGCCUAUUUGACAAAUGCAGGUCUGCAGCAAAACAACAAGGAGUGUCCUUUACACACUAAGUUAAAUUUUGUCACUGGAGCAUAUCACUUUGGCAACACUCCUGACACUCAUUUAUUGUUUGCCACUUCCCCAGCAGCAUCAGGAGACAGGUCCCACUUUGCUGUUGAUGUUCGUACAUUGUCUGCUAAAGGAUUAAUCUUCUCCAUGGGAAACAAGCUAGAGAAGAGAUACACAGCUCUUUACCUUUCAAAAGGGCGUUAUGUACUUUUACUUGCUGAUGAUGGUAGAAUGUUAACAAUCAGGAGUAAAGCCAAAUAUAAUGAUGGACAGUGGCAUACAGUGGCAUUCAGCAGAACUGGAAAGAAAAUGCGUCUUGUUGUGGAUGGUUUGAUGGCUCGAGAGGGAAAGAUACCACCUACUUAUUCUGCCUCGAUCGCAUCACCAGUCUACCUAGGAGGGGCACCUCCAUUAAAUGUCCAGAAUGUCCCUAAAAAGAGUUUUGUGGGUUGCCUGAGAAAUUUUUACAUGGCAGGAGAGCUCGUACAGACUUACCUUCAGAACAGUGGUGUUCUGCCUUGCUUGGAUAAUACUUUGGAGAAUGGGGUAUCUUUCUUCAAUGAAGGGGGGCAUAUUGUCCUUGACAACAGUUUUUCGAUGAGUUUGGAAUAUCAGAUCAUGUUUAACAUUCGCCCAAGAAGCUUGAAUGGCAUUUUAAUCCAUACUGGCAGCAAGCAAGGGAACUAUUUAACUGUUUACAUGAAAGAAGGAAUGCUCACUGCCUCUGGAAGUAAUGGCACUGGAGAGUUCUCAACGUCAGUCACACCUCAGCGGUCUCUGUGUGAUGGGAAAUGGCACUUCAUAGCAGUAACUCAGAAGCAGAACACUGUUCACCUAGACAUAGAUGUAAAGAAUAAUUACACCACUGGACCACCAACUAUACUUUCUACCAGCCAUGGACAACCACUUUAUUUUGGGAGAAUUCCAGUUAAUUUGGAAAUACCAUGGCUUCCUGUUCGGGAUGUGUUCCUGGGCUGUCUGAAGGAUGUCAAAAUCAAUGACAAACCUGUCUUAUUGAGCAAAAUUUCAGGCAUUCAUGGUGUUGUAAGCUUGCAAGGUUGCCCUGUCAAUUAACUGUUCACAUGUAUCUUUGCAUGGUGAAAAAUUUCCUGAUGUACUGUAUGGAUUGCCACAAACAGUUUUGUAUCCUCUCAUCUCUAUGUUAUACUAUUUGUUUCCAACAUGAUUAAGGAUAUAUGUUUUUCAGAACAAAGGAGUGCUGCCAAUCCUUGCUUUUCUGUGUACCACUCAGUGUCUGCAGUAGAGCCAUGUGAAAUACCAAAUGGCCUUGUAUAUAAUAUAAUCUGUGAGAUUUUGCUCUUAGCCACAGUGCUGCAUAAUCAGAGCAAUUGCAUUGACAUACCAGUCCAGUCCUGAAGCUCCUGACAUGUCAGGCACUACCCAAAUUAGAACUAGAAACUCUUUGGAUUGUAUGCAGGAUCUGACCUUGUAGACAGAAUUUUAUAAACAGACUGGGUUGUUCAAUCAGUUUUUUAUGCUGAAGUCUGCAUUACAUAAUAGACCAAAAUAAUACAAACUGCAUAUAAAGCACUUUAAAAAGAGUGAAAUCCUGAGGUGACAGUUUUAAGAGUUCUAUGACCAAAUAAAGGCAAAUUGCUUUAAAAGA